GUCUUUGGGUUCAAUUCUAUGUCCAUGUCGUUUAAUAGGAAGAAUUUCAGACCAAUCAAUUAAAAGAAAAUCUGUUCAACUAUUACCAAUUGAUUUAAGAUUAGAUGCUCAUAUGGUAUUCAAGCCCACUUGUUUCUUUUCAACUCACGUUAACACAGCCCUGAUUGUUCAACAGAACUUGAGGACUGAAGCUUCACUCCAAAGAUGGAGAUAACCAACGUAAACGAGUAUGAGGCCAUCGCAAAGCAGAAGUUGCCAAAGAUGGUGUUUGACUAUUAUGCAUCAGGUGCAGAGGACCAGUGGACUCUGCAUGAGAAUAGAAAUGCAUUCUCAAGAAUCCUGUUCCGCCCCCGUAUUCUGAUUGAUGUUAGCAGGAUAGACAUGAGUACCACUGUCUUGGGUUUCAAGAUAUCAAUGCCAAUCAUGAUUGCACCAACAGCCAUGCAGAAAAUGGCCCACCCAGAAGGGGAGUAUGCAACAGCUAGAGCUGCAUCUGCAGCUGGAACAAUUAUGGUUUGGCAUCCUCCUAUAACAUUCUUUUUUAAUACUUUGGCUAACCCACAAAUUUUGAACACUAGCCACUCUCUUUACUUCUUUCUUCCCUUUUUUGUGGGGGGAGGGGUUAGGAAUUGUCUAUCUGACCCAUUUGAGAAGAUUUUAGUCUAAUCACGCAUCGUUCAGUUAGUAGGUUACUGUCACUUUUUUCAUUCUGCAUUGCCUUUCUCAAGGAAAUUGAUUGCAUAUUGGCAUCGUUUGUAAACCACUUCCUAAUUGUUUCAGACAUUAUCCUCAUGGGCUACUUCUAGCGUUGAGGAGGUUGCUUCCACAGGACCUGGCAUUAGGUUCUUCCAGCUCUAUGUAUACAAGGACAGGCACGUAGUUGCCCAGCUCGUCAGGAGGGCUGAAAGGGCUGGUUUCAAGGCUAUUGCUCUUACAGUUGAUACCCCAAGGCUGGGUCGCAGAGAAGCUGACAUCAAGAACAGAUUUACUUUACCUCCAUUCUUGACAUUGAAGAACUUUGAAGGCUUAGACCUUGGCAAGAUGGACAAGUCUAACGACUCAGGGCUUGCUUCAUAUGUUGCGGGGCAAAUCGAUCGCACCCUAAGCUGGAAGGAUGUUAAGUGGCUUCAGACCAUUACCAAACUGCCAAUUCUGGUGAAGGGUGUACUCACUGCUGAGGAUGCAAGGAUAGCAGUACAAGCUGGAGCAGCAGGUAUCAUUGUUUCAAAUCAUGGAGCUCGGCAACUUGAUUAUGUCCCUGCAACUAUCAUGGCACUGGAAGAGGUUGUCAAAGCCACACAAGGGCGUGUGCCAGUCUUCUUGGAUGGUGGUGUCCGGCGUGGCACGGAUGUCUUCAAAGCAUUGGCACUCGGAGCCUCUGGCAUAUUUAUUGGACGACCUGUGGUCUUCUCGUUGGCUGCUGAAGGAGAGGCUGGGGUGAGAAAAGUACUUCAAAUGCUGCGUGAAGAGUUCGAGCUAACAAUGGCACUGAGUGGCUGCACCUCACUCAAAGAAAUCACUCGCAAUCAUAUUGUCGCAGACUGGGACGCUCCUCGCCCUCUUCCUCUCCCCAGGCUAUAAAAUUCUGUGGCUGAGGAGUGUGGACAACACUGCAUGCAUUUGGCCAGUGUGCUGUUGAAUUGCUUAAUUUUAUUUGAUGACAUCAAGAGCCCAGCCUUAAUAUUUAUUUAAAGAACAUGUUUCAGUCAAUGAAUUUUUAAGCUUCUAUAAUGAUGAUCAUGGCUACUGCUGCCUUCAUUGUAUAUUCUUAUUUAAAACAGCUAAUACAUCUAGUUUUGCUUG